UCGAACGGGGACAGGAACAGGCGCCUGUAUCAGAAGUUGCCUCGUUUCUUCGUCUUUAGAAGCGAGCGCUAGCGCCAAAAGCCCUCCUUAGCAGCGUCUUUUCUCUGAGGGCCCGUUCCAUCCCUUGGCUGCCACAGACCUGCUACCAGCCACAGAGUCUCAAAGAGCUGGAUUAAUGAAUGGGGCUCUGAUUGCAGGCACACCCAUUGCAGUGGAUUUCUGGAAUAUAAGAAAUGCUGGUCAAGCUCGCUUAUUCUUCCUUUCUCACAUGCACAGUGACCAUACAGUGGGGCUUUCUAGCACCUGGAACCAACCCAUCUAUUGUUCUCCUAUUACUGGUCAACUCUUGCAUUUGAAAUUGAAGGUAGCUAAGUGCUGGAUCUGUCCCCUUGAAGUGGGAGAGAGCCACGUCCUGCCCAUAGAUGGGAUUGGCAAAGAAACCAUGACUGUGACCUUGAUAGAUGCCAACCAUUGUCCUGGAUCUGUCAUGUUCCUUUUUGAAGGCUACUUUGGGGUCAUCCUCUACACAGGUGAUUUUCGUUACAAUCCCAACAUGCAGCAGGAGCCAGCUUUGAAGAACUCAAAGCUGAUCAACAUCCUCUACCUGGACACUACCAACUGCCAUCCUGAGCUUAUCCUACCAUCCCGGCCAACUGCCACUGAGCAAAUCAAAGAGCUGAUCAGGGCGCACCCUUGUCACCUGGUAAAGAUUGGUACCUACACUUUGGGAAAGGAGUCCCUCUUGGUACAGCUAGCCCAAGAAUUCGGCACUUGGGUUGUAGUGAGCCCUAGAAAGCUGGAAUUCAUAAAGUUACUGGGCCUGGAGAAUGUGUUCAGUACUGAGGAAGAGGCUGGUUGGAUUCAUGUUGUGGAUUUUUCAGAAAUCUGCCAAGCAAACAUGAUCAGCUGGAACCAGAGGCAUCCAACUAUAGCUAUCCUCCCCACCAGUCGGCCAGUGAAGAUCAAUCACCCUGAUGCCCACAUUGUUCCUUAUUCAGACCACUCAUCUUUCCAAGAGUUGCUUGAGUUUGUGGCUUGGCUGAAGCCCUGCUCUAUAAUCCCGGUAGUGAAGACUGCAGAAUGUCAGAUAUAUUUCAAGCAGUAUUUGAGAUCUGAAAAUCAGUCACUCGAGUCCAAAGUGCCUGAAUCGGUGAAAAGAUUCAUGCAGCUACCAAUCAAGAAGCAGGAAAGGCCUUUGAAAAUAUUAAAACUAGCUCCCUCUUGCCAUUUUCCAAGGGGGGUUUUGUUUGAAGAUAGUGAGGAUCCAGAGGUUUCCCAGCAAAGCUACCCAGAGCCCCAGAAGAAAUCUAAGCUUUAUUCUCAAGGAAGGUCUUCUGAGUACUCACUGUGCAGAAGGAAGCGGAAAAUAGUGAUGGUGAAACCUCAAAACCUCAAGGGCCAGAGUGGGCUUUCUCCAGUGAAGUCUGAUGUGCCAUCUCCCAAAUAUCAGUUAAAGGGCAGUAUUGCUCAUGAGUUCCAAAAACGUCAGACAAGUGUGACAUCAAAACACACGCUGCUCUAUUUUGAGGGGGUUGUCAGGACUCCUUGUUCCAGUUCAGGUGGUCAUGUUCAUCUUUCUCAUAUGGGCUUGAAAGACUGUGUCCCCUCAGCAACAUUGCAAACUGUUCAGAAUGACAUCAGUUACACAUGUGGCUCCCCAAAGGAUGUGGCUUUCCAUCCUACCAGUGCUCCAAAGGGCCUUCCUCAGAACUAUGACUUCUCUCCAUUGAGCAACUCUAAGCGUUGGUCCCUCCAAACCUUUGACCAGGAAGUGGAAAACUACUUAAAAAGAGGGCGGGCCAAAAUGCACAAAGGACGGCAAACUUGCACUCAGGCUAAGGACUCAUAGUAGAAGCACAAGAGCUAGCAAAGAGCUUUUGUGGUAUGAUCUGGGGGUUUUGUGCCCAGUUUCUCUGCCAGAGAGGCCUAGAUAAGUAACUUUAGAUGCUGUUUUUCAUUUACUGAGAGAGGAACCUAUUCUCAUAAUUGGGAAUAUGGUUUCUCAUUAUGAAACACAAUAAACUUUAUUGUCGGUAAUAUCAAGGCUGCAAUUUCGUCAUUCUUAUAGGUGUAUUACUGACCUAGGAAGUUUGAGCAGUCUGGUUCCUCUUCCUAUCCCCUCCAGCCCUUCCCACUGCCCCGUGGGGCUGCGUGGCG